CCUUUAAAGAAGGUUUCGUUGCUGUUUCUGCUGGCCUGGAGCUCCGUAUUUCUGGGAAGCACUUGCUCUCUAAAUCGGAUUGGGAAGUCUGAUAUAGGCCUAAAAUCCUUGGAGGAGCUAGUCUUGAUUAGGCGGACUUUGGAUGCACAGGCACUCAAGCUAAGGGGCUUGGAGAUCAAUCUACAUCGUGUGCUCAGCAGGGUGGUGCUUCUCGCCGAUGCAGAUGUGCAUGCACCAGGAAGAUUCUCCCUCAAAGAAGAUACCUUAGCAGAGCUAUCCAAGCGUCUAGAUAUGUUGCUCGAGCGACUGAGCCAGCAAGAUAAAAUAUCUACGAAAUUGCUGGAACUAAAUGAAGGGUCUAUUAGAGUGUGCCAUGAUCCUUUCUUUAACCAGACCUCACUGAAGGAGCUUUCUAAAGAUAAGGACGAACCACAAGUGGAUUUUUACCAGCCCGCCAAAUCCGAUUGCCAUGAACUUGAUACAGAUGUCCGGGUGGAUGGCGUCUAUUGGUUUCUGGUUCCGGAGCGCAAUGAAGUCCAGCGGGAUUUGCACGAGCGCUAUUGCGCCUUCGCCACCGACGGUCCCGCCUGGACAGUGAUCCAGAGCAGAGGUGGCUCCCUUGAUUCUAGUCCACCCGAGAACUUCAAUCGCAGCUGGGAUGAGUAUCGCGCAGGUUUCGGUAAUUUAUCCCGAGAUUUUUGGUUUGGCAACGAGUUCGCGCACAAGAUUCUCUACCGCGACGAUCAUGAGCUGAGAGUGGAGCUGCAGGAGGAAGGGGCACCACUGGAUUGGGCGGAGUAUCCACUCUUCUGGCUGGACAGUGAGAGCUACAACUAUCAGCUUUCGGUGGAAGGUGAAUUCCGUGGUUCGCUGCCAGAUGCUCUGGGGCAGCACAAUCGGAUGGAUUUCAGCACUUACGAUCGGCGAAGGAGCCCUGCCAAAUCAGCAGAUUCCACCUGUGCCGAGGAUUACGGCGGUGGCUGGUGGUUCGAUCGCUGCACACAGUCCAAUCUGAACGGAGAACAUGGUGUCCACCAGAGAGCAAGUCCAGCCAUUAUCUGGAUGAACUGGCGAACCGGGACCGACAAAAUGAAAAGCUCGCGGAUGAUGAUUCGACCCGUAAUACCCAGUGCGGAGGAUACCGUCGACGAGGAUUAGGCGGCGGAGAACUGGGAAAUUUAAAUAGCAAUUCCAAUCAAAUGUUGCUCGUAUUCCUGCAAUUGAACGUUACCGAUAGUGGGCACUGCAAAUAAACGUUACCGAUAGCAAUCGAGUUUA